AUGAACGGCUACACAAACGGCGCCCACGGCGUCGGCGCAGAUGGCUGGAGAGGCAGCGACGGGGCAGGCGACCCGCGGCCCUCUGGCGGCCCAUACCCGCCUAUUGCUGAGAUUGUGGGCUCGGCGACGGAAACAGUCGAGUCGUUCAAGCACCACUCGAUCAAGAACCUGCUCGAGCGUGGCAGGACGCACCUCACCAAGGCCAAGAGCGGGCUCAACAACCGGACGCCUAUCGCUGGAAUCUACUGGGAAUACCUCGUCGCCUACGAGAUUGUCUCGACGCUGAUACCCUCGCACCCCGACUACUAUGACAAGAUCCACGGCAGCAGAGCCCCCAUGCACCGCGACUUCAGCACUCUUCUGCAGGAAAUCAGGUCGAGCGAGGAGAGAUUUGUACGCAUCAGGGACAUCAUCAAAAACGACAACAAGAGAAACGGCGCUCAGCAUAGGUCUACGUCCUCCGUCUCGUCUGUACGAUCGACCUCUACCUCCUCCAGUGGCUCCCGCUUAUCGCGACUCCCCGACGAGCUUAUGCUCCCAGACGUUCCCACCACGGCGCCAAAUGGUCACGCCUCGCCUGCAGCUCUCCCCGAGUCGCCACGAAGGAAGCCCAUGGUGCAGCCAAAACCCCAAGCGCUACACGGUCGAGCCGUCUCGCAGAGCAUACAGUCUGAUCUGACGCAGCGUUUUGCAAACCUGAGAGGGGCCACCCCGCGACUGGAGACCACUUCGGCCCGCGCGAGCCAAGACUUGUCAAUCCAGAUGCCGUCUGCUACAGACUAUGCUUCCUCGACUCGUCCUAGUGGCCCUCGCGACAUGCUCCCGCCUUCCUUGCAUGCUGCCUCGCGUCCGACAACGCUUCCUGUUAACACGCAGUUCGCCGCCUCGUUCCCCAAAGAGCCCAGCCCGACCUACAGCCCUGCCAGGAACACCUCUUUGCCCGCCAGCAUGAACCAGCCACGAAGCACACCGAGAAGCAUGAACGGCACGGGAGGUCGGACCAACUCCUUGGCCGCAUCGAGCCACUCCAACUACGCACCGAAUGCGAAUGGCGCGCCAGACUCCUACUUUCCAUCUCAACAAGUUACACGCGAACCACCACAAAGAACAAGAUCCAUCAGCAGGGUGAUAGAAUUAGAAAUUGAUGCCAGCAAGCUCUACGAUUACUUCCGCAUGUACAAUGUACUUGUCAUUGAUGUGCGCGAUCGUGCAGAGUAUGACGCGGGGCACAUUUUCUUUCGAAACAUCAUGUGUAUUGAACCAUCCACCCUCCAGGAAGGGUGCUCUGCCGAACAACUCCAAGAGCGAUUAGUCAUCUCUCCAGACGACGAACAAACCAUGUUCGAGAACCGGCACGCAUACGACGUCGUAGUGUACCAUGACGAGUUUACAAAAAACACCGACUUUCUCCGAAACCACGGUCGCAACGAGAAUGAGGUUGCUCUCAAACGCUUGUACGACGCUUUGACUGAAUUCAAUGUCGAAAAGCCCUUGUCUCGACAUCCUGUCUUCCUUAUGGGGGGCCUAGAUGCUUGGAGAGAUCUCGUUGGUCCCCAGGCACUCAAAAUGACUACAACUCCUGCUCUUGUUGCUGGCGGGCAGACAAGAGCACGAGCGAUCAGGCGAUCACCCGCCGCGACCCAUAUCACGAGAAGCACUCUUCAAAACCGUCGCAGACGAGAAUACGUUCCGAUGGAUCCGGAUGAGGAGCAGAAGAUGUUGGAAGAAGCCCGACAAGGAAGAGCUGCUGUUGAAGUACUUCCUGUGGACGAAGAAAUCGAUGAACAUGGCUCUCCAUACUUCCGCACAACCGAUGACUUUUUACGAAGAUUUCCAGAAGUUGAAGCAGAACAAUCAAUGAUGUAUCCCUCGUCGCGGCCCCAGCCUGUCAAUCAAUACGUUGCGCCAGCUAUCCCGCAGGCCCCAUCCCGACCUGCGCCGUCUGUUCCCCGAGUCAGUUACAGCGGUGUUCAUGAGCGGCAAGUUGCACCUCAAGGUCGCAGUGGCCAAACAUCUGCAUAUAUUGCUCAACCGCGUUUCAGCAAUGUGCGCAUGCACCAUACCGGGCUUAUGAACUUUGGCGUGACAUGCUACAUGAACUCAGUUGUACAGUGUCUGAGUGCCCACAUCCUGCUUUCAGAGUUGUUUUUGUCCAGCAGAUACACUCGAGAUCUUCAACGAGACAACUGGAAGGGCACAAAAGGCAUUUUGCCAGAAGCUUACGCAACCCUUGUCUCUAACCUGUUCAAGGGCGACGUCACUUCUGUGCGCCCCAGCACUUUCAGGAGAAUAUGCGGGCACUUCAAUUCUCAAUGGGGCGUCGACCAACAGCAGGACGCUAAAGAGUUUCUUGAGUUUGUUUUGGACUACAUGCACGAGGAUCUCAAUGUCGCUUGGAACAAGCCACCGCUAAAGCCUCUUACUGAACAGCAGGAGUUAACACGUGAGCGAUUUCCACGCCAGUAUGCUGCCAAGAUCGAAUGGGAUCGAUACCAACGUCGUGACAUGUCGGUUAUUGGUGGUAUGUUUGCGGGCCAGCACGCCUCACAGCUUACGUGCCAGUCGUGUGGGAUAACAAGCACAACAUACGAAGCCUUUUGGAGUAUCAGCGUUGAGAUUCCCCGCGACCAAGCCUGCGAUGUGCGAGACUGUCUACGAUCCUACUGCGCGGCAGAGCGUCUCGCAGGAGACGAGCUUUGGCGUUGUCCACGAUGCAAAAAGGACCGCGAAGCCGUAAAGAAGAUAACCAUCACGCGCGCCCCCGACACGCUAGUCAUUCACUUCAAACGCUUUAGCGCGUCACGUACUGAGAGCGCUCGCAAAGUCCGGACACCUGUGAAUUUUCCACUCCAAAGCCUGGACAUUGGGCCUUUCGUCCAGCCACCGAUGACACCGGAACAAGAAAUGUACGUUGCGCAAAAUGCGACGGAAGGGCCUACGCAACUCGCCAGUGUCAAGACAGAUCCUACCAUGAACGGACCGUUCGUGUACAAUGCCUUCGCUGUCAUCUGGCAUAUCGGCGCCACACUGGGCAGCGGCCACUACACUGCAUUUGUAAAGGACAAAGCCCGUGGCUGCUGGCGGUCUUUCAACGAUGACAAGGUCGUUGACUUUGAACCAGGCAACCUGCCUCCUCAGAAUCGGUUGCAAAACGAGAAGGCCUACAUUGUCUUCUACGAGCGCGAGAGAGUGGCUGGAGGCACUUUCUAG